GGCGACCGAGGUGACGAGAGCCAGUUUGGUGGCUUUUUUGAGUGAAAAUUUCCCUGCCCCUUUUCCGGUGUUCGUGGGCAGCUCGUGCGGAAAAAGCUGCAUACGUUUGCAUACGCUCGUUUGCGGUGCGUUUCGCGUGUGAUCGGAUCGUUGUGAAGACGUACAAAAAUAACACUAAGAAAGGGAGAUAUAAAAACGCUAGUGCACCAUGGGAACGAAAAUCGAGUACGUUGACUCGAGCCACAUGUACGCGACGAACUACAUCCGCAACUCGAAGGCGAUCGCCGUCCUGUGGGCGAUCUUUAGCAUUUGCUACGCGAUCAUCAGUGUUGUCGCAUUCGUGACACCAGAAUGGGUCGGUGAUGCAGAUUCGGAUGCCGGAGGACGACUUGGCUUGUGGCAGAUCUGCCAAAAGGACGAUCUCACCGACAGUUGCACCGGCAGGCUGGAGGAUCUGCUCGAAAUGCAAUCCAUAGCGUUUCAGGUGGCGACGGUAUUUUGUGGCCUAGCCGUCGCGACUUCCGUGCUGGCGAUCUUCUGCCUGCUGCUGAUGGUGUUCAUGAAGUCAACGACCGUUUUUCACAUUUGCGGCUGGAUGCAGAUGCUUUCCGCUCUCUGCAUGGUGAUCGCGUGCGUUUCCUUUCCAUUCGGCUGGAAUUCGGACGAGUUCCGUAAGAUUUGUGGACCGGAGUCAAAUCGCUUCGAGGUUGGCCUUUGCAGUUUGCGCUGGGCGUACCCAUUGGCGAUCAUUGCUUGCAUCGAUGGGUUCAUCCUAGCCACAUUGUCCUUCAUCCUAGCGACGCGACACGUUCGUUUGCAACCGGAACCGCAAUACCAAAGCAGUACGUAUAGAGGAGAAAUAAACAACGCCUACGUUACGGAUGUUGCCAGCAUCGCUGGUUCCCGGAAAUCGCUUAAUCUUCAGCCUGUGCUGCUAGUGGCGCCUCCGCAUAUAAUAUUUUAAGCACCAAUAUCCAUCCUGUCUGGAAGAACCUUAAUUUUACCUACCGAUCGUUGAGCUUAGCGCGAGUGUGCUUUUUCCUCGCAGUGUAAAUGUUUAGGGCUCAACGCACGCGCACUAUAGAGAGUGCGAGAGCAGCCUGUUUAAGCUUAGGCUCGAUUUGUUUUCUACUUUCACUUCCGCGAUCCUCGAGGAGAGCUGAUCGAUUUAGCUUUUCUGGGGAAUAUGCAAGCUAGCCCGAAGAUGUAGAAUUAUAUAGUAAGAACCGGCUAUCGA